AUGAUGUCAAUGGGCUUUGCUUCCAAGCUGGCGAUUGUUGCGGCAGCUUUGACGAUUGGAGCUCCUCUCGGGGUUGCUUGGCUACCUCCUAAUAAUGCCCUGGUUUUGCCUUCCAGGCAUUCCGCCCAUUCCCAAACACUAGUGAGGUACAAGGACAGAGGAGACAACGAUGACACUGACAUGAACGAUCAAGUGGUGGAACCAAGUACACUUCGAAUAGACACUGCAUUCAUGGAUCCCUUUCGAGAACAACUGGAACCAUGGCUGAAUUCGCUCACGACGGUCACACGGUCGGACCCCAUUUGGGUCGGGGAGGAGCUGCUGCACAUUUCUCCAUCGGAUGCCCUGCAGCAAUGUUUCGAUUCCCUCCUCCGUCAACAAGCCGUCGAAGUGUUCCCACCCAACGAUAAUGCACUGAGCCGAAAACACCUCUUUGAUUGGGACUGGAAAUACGCCAUGGUCAAAUCACUCACGCAACAAGACGACUGGACGGCCAAAUCCUGGAAAUUGGGACAAUCCAAUACGCAUCCGCUGAGGCUCCAAGCGGUGGCCAUUCCAGCACAUUCGUCGCUGCCACCACAUGUGCAUCCCGCCGUUGAAUUGGAUAUUCCCAUUUUGGGAACGCUGUACGAAGAACGAUCAUCACAACUAUUAUUCGUAGACCCCGACUUGAUUGACCGAGCGCCCGAGCAUUCCUUGGGAAGUCCACUCAGUGACUUUUCUCCCACACCGACACCCCUCGAAUUGCAAACCAUUGCACAAGAUAUCACGGAACGAGUGUCCGAAGUGCAUCAAAUCACCGAUUUUAGCCACGAUUGGGAGACACACCCAGUGGUUGCGGGACAAUGCUUGUUGAAUCCGGUGGGCUCGGUUCAUCGUUCGUAUACCCAAGACGAGGCGUGUUUGCUCUUUGUACUGGGGCCCAAUGUUCAUGCUCAUUUUUUGAAAGAACCAUAA